AGCUUCUGCCUUGAAUGGAGCUCUUAAUGAAGAAAAUCAUCCAGAGAACACAAAGGAAGGGACCUUAAAAGUCAAGAAAAAACGUGUGAAAGAGUCUGGUGUGGCACAACCUGAAGGGAGGAGCUAGAAAUGAGCCCCAUGGAACCUGCACUACAGAGUGUGGAAAACAUGGAGCUCUCAGCCAGUAGUACACUUCCUCGUUAUCAGGCACAGACCUCGUUUGAGGAGGAGGACGAUGCAUUCCAUGAUAAUGCAGAAGAAGAGAGAAAGAAGAAUAAACAGAGGCAGAGGUUGAAGAAAAAGCAGGAGAUGGAGGCAGGCAUGGCAGUACCUCCAUCAGAUGCCCACACAGCAUAUGAACGUGCACAAAAAGAAAUUGACAAAGUGUUGGGACCACGUGACAGUAAAUCCCCACCAGAUGUUAUAGCAGCCAGUGACAGAAAAAGGUCUAAAAGGAGAAGCAAAAAGGGAGAGGUGAAUCCAGCCUAUGAACAAGAUGAGAAUAAACCAUCAGGUUUACAGCCAAAGUCAGCACCACAGCAAUCCGAGUCACUUGAUGAAGUGAAGUCCCGUAUCUACUCUCUGCUUGAUGAUGCUUUCUCUCUUCUGUCCAACAACCAGGCAAACUUGGGAAAUAAAGUGGUGACAUCUGCUGAUGCACAAGAAAAUGUUACCAGAGGAACAAGACAGGACUCUCUAAAAAAUGCUGAUGAUAACAGAAGGGGAAAGCCAAGUGAUAACAAAGUCUCAGAAGGAGUGCUGACUGAUGUUGAAACAACUUUUGGCUCCAAACCUGGAGAAAUGAAGCACACACCAAUCUACGUGGACCGCACUCAUGGCGCCUAUGAUCCUGAGGGUCUGGUCUCAUUGAAUCCUUACAGAGCAUCAGAAGAGUCAGGACACAUUGUUCUGACAGAUUACAAGCCAUCUACAAUCCCAGCACCAGCAGAAGAGAAGACCACAGCCACAGUUCUGAAUCAGAGACUUGGGCUACACCAGACAUGUACUCAGCCAUGCGCCCCACCAUUCGCACUCAUCAGCAACCUGAGAACACUACUUCUCACAAGAGAAACAGUAGUGGUAGUGACAAAGGUGUAGCCAGUUCAAGAGCUGUUUUACACAAAGAUAGACAGCUGGUAGCUGACUCAGAAGAGACUUCUGACAUUGGUUAUCCCAGGACAGAGUCUUACAACAGCAUUCCAACACUUAGAGCCUCCGAGUCCAGAUAUCCCACAUACAGAGAGGACUCCCUGAACACAAAUAAUGAUUACAACAUGUUUGCUUCAGCACCAUCCCAUGAAGACAGCCUUGCAAAUGCUUCCAUUCCAAUCCACCAGCCACCCACAAGAAAUGUUGGUGACAAAGAUGAAAUGGAUGUCAUCUCUGCCAGCUUAGCGCCAGGUGCAUCCCCCAAAGAAUUAGUUGAUAGUAUAAGACAAGAAUUACAGACAAUAACAGGGAAGCUGGGGACAAAAGACCUUAGCUCACAGCAGAUGCCAGAGACUGGCAGUAAUGGAAAGCCCCCUGUGCGCAAGCCACGCAAGUCCAGCUAUAAGCAAGAUCACAUCCCAGAGAUACAGUGGUAGUGCCUUUCUGCAGAUGCUCUUCUGACAAAGAUUCAGUAUGUGAUUGGAUGUUUGCAGUGUAAAUGGUACAUGUGGGUUUAAGGAUACUUUGUUGGACGAUUUAGAGAAUUGCAGACCAGGAAUCCAUUCCACUUAUUUAGCUUUAUUGACUCUUGCUUUAACUACCCCUCAAUCUCUGAAUCAAACUUCAAAAAUGACUCAUAAAAUCUUUAUGGAAUUAAUUUCUUAUGAAUUACAGUGUGCAGAAUGAUUCUUACUUGUAAACAUUAAUGUGUUAAUGUAAUUCUUUAUAUAUAUAUACCAUCAUUCAAUAUGCACUGAAAGAUAAAUAUAAAGAUGACCUGUUCAAGAAUCACACAUCUGAUAGUAAGGUUUUUGUACUUAUAAAUGUACUUACCUUUGCAGUUCUUUGGUUGAACAUAAAAUGUUAUGCCACAUUUUGCCAACAAAUAAUAACUACAGUGGGAUGAGGAGAACUGCACAAAAUCCAUAUCACUGAAUGUUUUUAUCUUAUGACAGUGUUUGUAAUUUAAGGUUAUAAAUUAUAUUUAGUUUAACCAAUUUAAUAUCAACUCAUACUUGCCUUAACCAAGAAUCCAGGAACUAAGAUUGUGAUGCGUAUUUUAGAAACAUCACAGUUCAUGUGGUUGUGAUUGAGGUGUGUAUUCUGUGAUUUACUUGCAGACAUUUGACAUGGUUUUUGGUUAAAAAUGAAGUUUAAAGCUUGUUUUAUUAGUAACCUUUUUUUGUGCUCCAGUUUGGUUUAAUAUAAGUGGAGUGAAACAAACAGUAAAAAGCUUCUUAAAAAUUUAUGAAAGUUUGAAGCUUUCUCACAAACAUGCACACUUGCAUGCACAUGAUCAUGCACAAGUCAACAAAUGUACACAGACAUGCUUAAAAAUGAACAGUAAAAAUACAGACAAAAGAAGUCUUUGUGUGGACAAAAUGGAUAUUGAUAAAGUAUUGUUGAUGUGCUGUUAUUGCUAAUGUGAAAUUUCUUGUGUCAAAAAACAUGUAUCCUAAACUGUGAGGAAUAUCAGAAUAGCUGGUUGGCAUUCGGCAGCUGAUCAAGUUUAAAACAAGUUCAAAACACUUCUUGGAAAAUGUGUUUACUGUUCAACAUAUAAAAAAUCUUAAUUAGAGUAAAGAUACAUUUUGUCACAAUUGUGAAAAUUGCUAUUUGUGAACAGAUUUUGACAUAACUUUGCUAGCAUUGAACAGCACAAAAUAGACUUCACUAAUCAUCUUGGGUGAGGGAAUCAACCUCAUCAAAAUUAUAAAUGUAUCUGAAUACUUGGGAACAGGGGAGAUAUCCCAGUAUAGAUGAGUGAUGUACUUAGAUGCACAGUCUGUUCACUAGUGUAAAACGUAUGAAUCUGCAUUUAGCUCACCUAGCGUAACAUUUACUUUGUUUUGAUUAUUCAGUUACAUUUGAUGGUCACAUCAUCUCGCAUAUGCUUAUCAAAACAGCAACUGCUGAUCCUUAUUGUCUUAAAGGCUGUCAAGAGAAUGUUACUUCUGUGAAGUUAUUUCUCUUCCUGCAAGUGCCUUUGCUGUCCCUACAGCACCAUCAUACCUCUCCCUCUAAAAAAAACUAAAUUGAGACGAAAGGAAAAAGAAUGCUUGGAAUGUAAAAGGUCGUCCAUUCUGUUCUCUUUUAUGUAUUUCAAAUUCCCUGCUGUUACUACUGUGGAUGACAGUAUCAUUAUUGAUUUCCACUAGCUAAUAUAUAUAUUAUCAUGAUGUUGAUGGUUCUGAUCCAAGAUGCCUUUUUUUGUGGAUCUGAAUGAAGCUGUCUUUCUUGCUUCAUCAGCAUUCUUAGAUUAAUUAUUGCCUUCUGAUGGUGAUCACUUAUUUAAAUGCCUUGUUAUUAAGGUCAUCUGUAAGAAAUCUAUUUUUACUAAUCUAGUUUGUAUAAACUCAGAAACAAAAUCAUGUUUCUCUGAUAGAGGUUGGCAAUACUUUGGUGUUAUUUUGUGACUGUUUUUUCUGUGCACAUGAUGAAAGAUCAAACAUGUAAGUUAGGUUCAAGAUAACUGUAUUAAAAUUGCUUGAAUGUUUGGUGAACAUAUGUAAAGUAUACUACAUAAA